GCUAGUUAUUUCCAUUGUUAUGCGAUCUGGUAAACCCCUGGAAUGGAUACGUAAAAGAUUUCAAAGCUUGUUGGCGCGCAUAUGCCAUCAAGGUCCUUAUUUGCACUAGACCUUGGACCCCAACAAGCACUAGAUUCUUUGAAAUUCCUUUGCCUUGGACAUACAAUCCUAUUGCUGUUCUCGAUCUUUACCUAUUCACUACAAAGGAGUCGUUGUACCUUGCUGGACACUCUCUAUCCUACUAUAUUUUCACCCCUCUCCCUUGUCUUUGCGGCUACAGAAAAGCAAUUUGCAUAGUAUUACCUUCAUCAUCCCGCUAACCUAGUACUUAGCCUCAGAACUUUGCGAACAUCAAGCUGAGAUAGGUUCACUCCUAGAGGGCCAUCAAGAUCACUGUAUCUUUACCCCUGAGCUAUAUCGUGGCAUCGGCCUUACUAGGCAUUGCCCUUUUCUAAGAUACAGAGACGUAUACUCUCUAUAUCUUGACGAGAAAAUCUUCCAAGAUGUCGGUGUUACACACAGCUCUAGAUUCUGUACUUCGUAUACGACAGGAGGACGGUUCUUCCGAUGCGGCCCCUAGAUCCAGCUUUACCGUCGAGGUAGACUGCGGCACUGGUAACGAAUACGAUGGCCGAAUGGGAGUGCGCAUAUCCUCUAUCUUCGUUAUCUUGGUUGGUUCGCUACUCGGUGCUGUCUUGCCCGUAUACUUAGCUCGCGGCUCGAAGGUGAGAGUGAACGGAACGGCAUUCUUCAUCGCGAAAUACUUCGGCUCGGGCGUUAUCAUCGGGACAGCAUUCAUGCAUCUCCUCUCUCCGGCGUUUGAUGCCUUAAAAUCGCCAUGUCUUCCAGAUGGACCCAUUAACGACUACGACUGGGCGGCUGGAAUUUGUUUAAUGACGGUCUUUGUUAUGUUUACUAUCGAACUUAUUGCGAGCCGCUUUGACUUCUUCGGCCAUGACCACGAUGACGCGAAGGGUGCCGACCCGUCCCUAGAUUUCCUUAAGAAGGGAAGCCAGGUCUCGCCGUCACCAAUCCGGGACCUCGAAGCUGGCUCAACAAACAAUGAGAAUAAAUCUGGGAACGUAACUGAGAAUGGCUCAAGUUUACCUACAGACCUUAGCUAUCCUCCUGGUGGUGAAGAUCAUCUGGGUCACCAACGUGAACACCACGAUAGCGACAGCCAUUCUGCUUUCGCCGCGCAAAUGACGGCGCUUUUCAUCCUCGAGUUCGGUGUCGUAUUCCACAGUAUCUUCAUUGGUUUGACACUUGCAGUUGCCGGUGAAGAAUUCACAGUUCUAUAUAUUGUGCUCGUCUUCCAUCAGACAUUCGAAGGUCUCGGUCUUGGGUCGCGGUUGGCUACGGCACAGUGGCCCAGCUCUAAGGCAUGGAUGCCAUAUGCAUUUGCGUUUGGAUAUGCCCUCAGCACCCCUAUAUCCAUUGCUAUCGGCCUGGGAGUGCGAUCAAGUCUUCAGCCAGGCAGCCCGAAGAGCUUGAUUAUCAAUGGCGUUUUCGACUCCAUCAGUGCCGGUAUUCUUAUUUACACAGGUCUCGUCGAGUUACUCGCUCACGAGUUCAUGUUUAACUCAUACAUGCGCAAUGCGGGACUAAAGGUUCAGCUCUACGCACUAGGAUGUGUCACACUGGGCUGCGGGCUGAUGGCCGUGCUUGCGGAAUGGGCUUAAGAUUGGCCCGGAAGUCCGGAGGCCUUACCUAGUGGGAAAGAGAAGAUAUUAACGACAAUUCUGCCACGCUAUAGGCCUGUGCCUUGUCACAACUCACAUAUUAGAUUUUCCUAAGUCAAUCAGACUUGAAUAAGCUAUCAACUGCAUAAAUGUACAUAGGAACUUUUCAUGUUGAUGUACGACUUACAUGUUGUACUGACGAGAAUUGUAAAAAUGACACUGAAUCACCAAUAUAAUUAAUACAAUAUUGAUGAAAGGCAUAGUUUUCCUAUAGCGUAUCUACUUCGUGAGCU